ACCGCUAAGCCAUCUAAUAAUGCAGCAUAACAACUUUCGAAGCAAUAAUGGCUCAAUCUAUAAGCAUUCUCUUACUCACUACUGUCCUUGCCUUUGCUCCUUUUAUCUCUUGCGCGAAGACCACAGGGGGUUACCUCUACCCACAGUUUUAUGACCAUUCCUGCCCUAAUGCUCAACAGAUAGUCGAGUCUAUUGUAGCCAAGGCAGUUGCAAAAGAAGCUCGUAUGGCUGCCUCAUUACUUCGGCUUCACUUUCAUGACUGUUUUGUCAAGGGUUGUGAUGCAUCCAUAUUGUUAGACAGCAGUGGAAGAAUAAUCAGUGAGAAGAAUUCUAAUCCAAACCGAAACUCAGCUCGAGGAUUCGAAGUUAUUGAUGAGAUCAAAACUGCACUAGAGAAAGAGUGUCCUCAAACAGUAUCCUGUGCUGAUAUUUUGGCAUUGGCAGCUAGAGAUUCCACAGUUCUUGCUGGAGGACCUAGCUGGGAAGUACCAUUGGGAAGAAAGGACUCCAGAGGUGCAAGCUUGAGUGGUUCUAACAACAACAUUCCUGCUCCAAACAACACAUUCCAGACCAUUCUUACAAAGUUCAAGCUUCAGGGCCUCAAUGUUGUUGAUCUUGUAGCACUAUCAGGAAGCCACACAAUCGGAAAUGCACGAUGCACCAGCUUCAGGCAGAGGCUGUACAACCAGUCAGGCAAUGGGCAACCUGACUACACUUUAAAUCAAGCAUAUGCUGCAACAUUGCGUGGCCGCUGUCCUAGAUCUGGAGGUGACCAAAACCUGUUUUUCUUGGACUUCGUAACUCCAACAAAAUUUGAUAAUAGCUACUUCAAGAACAUAUUGGCUUCAAAGGGCCUGUUGAGUUCUGAUCAAGUUCUUCUCACAAAGAAUGAAGCAUCCAUGGAACUGGUCAAGGAAUAUGCUGAGAACAAUAAAGUCUUCUUUGAGCAGUUUGCCAAGUCGAUGAUUAAGAUGGGAAACAUCUCUCCAUUGACAGGUCCAAGGGGAGAGGUCAGAAAGAAUUGCAGGAAAAUUAAUAGUUAACUGUCUAAAAGUAUCUCAGAUGCUAAAGCGAUCGCGUAUGAUUUCCUUAUUAAGUUCUUUUAUCUUCAUUUCCUCUCUCUGAAGAGAAAUUCUAGUCCUCCUCUUUGUUGUUAUUGCCAAGCAGCAAGCUCUGUUCUUACAGUAUCUGAAUUCUGUAUUUUUUUCUUUCUAAAGAAAUUUCAUCUUUAUUUCUUUUCA